GCGCACGCGCCAACGGAAGUGAACCCCUGCCCGCUAUAUAAGCGGCCGGGAGGCCCCGUAGCGCUCUUUUUGCCGGGUCGGAGAACAAGCCGCCGCCAUCAUGACGGAUUGGGAGACGGCUCCGGCCGUGACCGAGACCCCGGACAUCAAAUUGUUCGGCAAAUGGAGCACGGACGACGUCCAGAUCAACGACAUCUCCCUGCAGGAUUACAUUGCAGUGAAGGAGAAAUAUGCCAAAUACCUGCCUCACUCUGCGGGCCGUUACGCGGCCAAGCGCUUCCGGAAGGCGCAGUGCCCCAUCGUGGAGCGCCUCACCAACUCCAUGAUGAUGCACGGCAGGAACAACGGCAAGAAGCUGAUGACCGUGAGGAUCGUGAAGCACGCCUUUGAGAUCAUCCAUCUGCUCACUGGGGAGAACCCCCUGCAGGUUCUGGUCAACGCCAUCAUCAACUCGGGGCCGCGCGAGGACUCGACGCGCAUCGGCCGCGCCGGCACCGUGCGCAGGCAGGCCGUGGACGUGUCCCCCCUGCGCAGGGUCAACCAGGUCAUUCCGAAAAUUCAGAACAUUCCCAAAUUUUGCCCAUUUUCCCAAAUUUCCUCCCCAAAUUCCCAAAUUUUUCCCCAAAUUUUUAAUUUUUUUCCCCAGGGCUCCUCCAACUCGUACGCCAUCAAGAAGAAGGACGAGCUGGAGCGCGUGGCCAAAUCCAACCGCUAAAAACCCCAAAUUCCCCCAAAAUCCCAAAUAUUCCCAAUAAAAUCGGUGGAUUUGGAGCCAGAA